AGCCUCGCCCCUCCCUGAGGAAAACCGAUGAGAGGCAGGGCCAAGUCGAAGCGAUGGCGGCCUAUCCCGAGAGCUGCGUGGACGCCACGGUGCUGGGCUUCGUUGCAGACCUGUCCCUGGCCUCCCCGAGACGCCCUCUCCUCUGCGACUUCGCACCCGGGGUCUCCUUCAAGGAUCCAGCCCUUGUGCUCCGAGAGGGAAGACCCAGGAGGAUGGCGCGGUUUGAGGAGGGGGGCCCAGAAGAAGAGGAAUGCGAAGUGGACCAGGGGGACGGGGAAGAGGAGGAGGAAGAGGAGCGCGGGAGGGGCGCCUCCCUAUUAGGCCGCCCCAAGAGGAAAAGGGUGAUCACCUACGCCCAGCGCCAGGCCGCCAACAUCCGCGAGAGGAAGCGGAUGUUCAACCUCAACGAGGCCUUUGACCAGCUGCGGAGGAAGGUGCCCACGUUUGCUUACGAGAAAAGGCUGUCCCGGAUCGAGACCCUCCGCCUGGCCAUCGUCUACAUCUCCUUCAUGACCGAGCUCUUGGAGAGCUGCGAGAAGAAGGAAAGCGGCUGAGCCGGGUGGGGAGAGUCUGCCCCUUCCUUGUCUGGGCGCGCUCGGGCUGGGGUGUGUCAGGACCGGGCACAGGGUGCAGCCGGAGGGUAAGGAGG